UCAAUGCUCCAUAAAAUGGCCCCAAGCUUAGUUUCUAGCCUUAUUUCACACUAUUAUCCUUCAUGUACUCUAUGUUCCAGCCAAACUGGACUAAUAGCCAUUUCAUGGUCUCAUCUUGCCCUUUUCCACCUCUUCAUUUGCACAGGCCAUACCCCAUGCCUGGAACAGACUCCCUCCACAUCUCCGUCUGCUGAAAUCCUUCUCUUCCUUCAAGACUCAGAUGAUAAAAAAGAUAUUGACCAUGAAACAGUGGUGGAAGAACAGAUCAUUGGAGAAAAUUCACCUCCUGAUUAUUCUGAGUACAUGACAGGCAAGAAACUUCCUCCUGGAGGAAUACCUGGCAUUGACCUCUCAGAUCCUAAACAACUGGCUGAAUUUGCUAGAAUGAAGCCAAGAAAAAUUAAAGAAGAUGAUGCUCCAAGAACAAUAGCUUGCCCUCAUAAAGGAUGCACAAAGAUGUUCAGGGAUAACUCUGCCAUGAGAAAACAUCUGCACACCCAUGGUCCUAGAGUCCACGUAUGUGCAGAAUGUGGAAAGGCUUUUGUUGAGAGUUCAAAACUAAAACGGCAUCAACUGGUUCAUACUGGAGAGAAGCCCUUUCAGUGCACGUUCGAAGGCUGUGGGAAGCGCUUUUCACUGGACUUCAAUUUACGCACACAUGUGCGAAUUCAUACUGGAGACAGGCCCUAUGUGUGCCCCUUCGACGGCUGUAAUAAGAAGUUUGCUCAGUCAACUAACCUGAAAUCUCACAUCUUAACACAUGCUAAGGCCAAAAACAACCAGUGAAAAGAAGAGAGAAGAAUGUUCUCGAACUCGAGAAGCAUCUUACAGGAGUAUGAGUGGAAAUAAAUAUGCCUCUCCUUUGUAUAUUGUUUCUAGGAAAGAAUUUUAAAAAAAAAUUGAAUCCUACACACCUAAAGGACAUGUUUUGAUAAAGUAGUAAAAAUAAAAACAAAAAAACAAAAAAAACAAAAAAAACAAAAAAAAAACUUUUAAGAUGACAUUGCUAAGAUGCUCUAUCUUGCUCUGUAGCCCAGUUUCAAGAACACGGUGUUUUGUAAAGUGCAGCCCCAAUAGGAGGCUAAUUCAUGAACUUGCAUCAAAAAGACAAUUCUUUAUACGACAGUGCUAAAAAAAUUGGACUUCUUUUCACAUUCUUAUAAAUAUGAAGCUCACCUGUUGCUUACAAUUUUUUUAAUUUUGUAUUUUCCAAGUGUGCAUAUUGUACACUUCUUGGGGAUAUGCUUAGUAAUGCUAUGUGUGAUUUUUUCCGGAGGUUGAUAACUUUGCUUGCAGUAGAUUUUCUUUAAAAGAAUGGGCAGUUACAUGCAUACUUCAAAAGUAUUUUCCUGUAAAAAAAAAAGUUAUAUAGGUUUUGUUUGCUAUCUUAAUUUUGGUUGUAUUCUUUGAUGUUAACACAUUUUGUAUAAUUGUAUCGUAUAGCUGUAUUGAAAUCAUGUAGUAUCAAAUAUUAGAUGUGAUUUAAUAGUGUUAAUCAAUUUAAACCCAUUUUAGUCACUUUUUUUGGAAAAAUACUGCCAGAUGCCGAUGUUCCGUGUAAUUUCUCUUUGCCUGUUCAGUUACAGAAAGUGGUGCUCAGUUGUAGAAUGUAUUGUACAGGCAUUGACUUUUUAUUAACACCCAGUAUGUACAUCCCAUGUAAUAGAAAGGGCAACAAUAAAAUAGUGGUCCUAAAGAAAGAAUAUGGCAGAAAAUGAUCUGUAAGCACAGUCUUAUUUUUUUUUUGUUGUCCAGAAUAAUUCUUCUUGAGCCUCCCAGAAAUUAGAAGCUAAAUAAAGCUACUCAAGUUUCCUUUA